AUGAACUGGCGCCCACUACGGUUGGGCAGAAAGCUCUCUACCUGGAAGGGCUAUGAGAGAUAUAGAAGCGUCGUAUGUUAUGUCAAUCACGGAACAUUCCAUCAACUCGGCCCCCCGAUCGAGCUGCGAUAUACGCCGCAUGAUUUGCUAAGAGGUUGCCCAGAACAUUGCGAAUUCUCUCCAAAAUUGCGGCACAACUGUCAACGAUUCUAUGGCCUUGUAGAACUUAAACAGACACGGCGACCUCAUCAUGAGAGCCAAAGCCUGCUUGGGGGGUUUGAUCCCGGUGAGAUAGGCUUUGGUAUCUUCUGA